CCCAGCCCCUGGCUCCGCGCCGCCCGCCCCAGCCCCGGAGCAGGCAGCGGGGACCGCGGGUGGCAGCUCGCUGCGCUCUACCUGCGCCGCGCCGGCCCAGGAUGCUGCCCCCGUCCCGCACCCAGCUGGGGCUGUUCUUCAUCCUGCUCUGCCCCGCCAACAUCAUCGGGCUCUGGUGGGCAGUGGGCAGCCCCCUGCUCAUGGACCCCAACAGCAUCUGCCGGAAGAGCAAGCGCCUGGCGGGGAAGCAGGCGGAGCUGUGCCAGACGGAGCCCGACAUCGUCCAGGAGGUGGCCAAGGGUGCUAAGCUGGGCGUGCGGGAGUGCCAGUACCAGUUCCGCUUCCGCCGCUGGAACUGCACCAGCCACAGCAAGUACUUCGGCAGGAUCCUGCAGCAGGAUAUCCGGGAGACGGCCUUCGUCUACGCCAUCACCGCGGCCGGCGUGAGCCACGCCGUCACCCAGGCCUGCAGCAUGGGCGAGCUGCUGCAGUGCAGCUGCGAGGUGACGCGGAGCCGGGCGCCCCCGCUGCCCACGGCCGGCCCGGGCACCGAGGGCUCCGCCUGGGAAUGGGGCGGCUGCGGGGACGACGUGGACUUCGGCUACGAGAAGUCCCGGCAGUUCAUGGACGCCAAGCGGAAGAAGGGCAAGAGCGACAUCCGCACCCUCAUCGACCUGCACAACAACGAGGCCGGGCGCCUGGCGGUGCGAAGCUACAUGCGGACGGAGUGCAAGUGCCACGGCCUGUCGGGCUCCUGCACCCUGCACACCUGCUGGAAGAAGAUGCCCCACUUCCGCGAGGUGGGCGACCGCCUGCUGGAGCGGUUCAACGGGGCCUUCAAGGUGAUGGGGGCCAACGACGGGAAGACGCUGCUCCCCGUGGGCCGCAGCAUCAAGCCCCCCGACCGUCAGGAUCUCGUCUACUCGGCCGACUCGCCCGACUUCUGCACGGCCAACCGCAAGACGGGCUCGCCGGGCACACGGGGCCGGGUGUGCAACAGCACCGCCCCGGACGUGAGCGGCUGCGACCUGCUGUGCUGCGGCCGCGGGCACCGGGCCGAGACCGUGGUGCUGGAGGAGAACUGCCUGUGCCGCUUCCACUGGUGCUGCGUGGUGCAGUGCCGCAAGUGCCGCGUGCACCAGGAGCUCAGCCUCUGCCUCUGAGCCGGCCGAGGAGCCCACCGGCCCCGGCCCCGGGCUGCCCGGCAGCUCCCUCUCUCCCGGACGCGGGCGCUGGGGGAGGGUCUCCGUCCAGCCCCUGGGGAGGGGCUUUGCUGUGCCCCGCCCUGCCGGCCAGGGGCACCGAGGCCUGGGGGCCAGGCUGGGCCGUGGGGCGACGCUCACAGACUCAGUGGGGAUGAGGCCGGACUCCCUCACUAGUGAACCUGAAUCAGGCCAGGAUGGCACCCGGGCUGCCCCCGCCCCGCUGCCUCCUCAGGCCCCCGCGGCCACCGGGCCAGGGGCUCUGUGGGCAUGGGGGU